AUGGCGCAAAAAGUCUCAGCCGUGCUCCCCAGCGGCUCCGCUCCGGAUUUGCGGCGCAGUCGCUUGGAGAAGCUCCUGUCGCAGGCAAAGCCUACUCCUGCACCCUCAGAGAUUAGCAGGGCUUCUUCAGUGCGGCGCGCGCCGCCCGGAGGGGCGCCCUACAAGCCGGCGCCGCCGGUGCGACUUCCCACCGGGGCAAGUUCGGCCCAUAGACUCGCCAGUGGUGGCACUGAAGCUCUCCGCACCACAAUGCAGUCGUCGGUACCUGCCUUGACGCCGCAGCAUCCAACAGACUCUUCAAGUCGAGCUGCAACCGGAGGCUCUCGCAAGGUCCAAGAGCAGGUGGGCUCCUACAUCAAAAAGCUUGUUGGUGACGAAGCUGGUGAUGGCAUGCUCCAUUGGAGGCUUGUAAAUGAGAUGGACGCAAUUGAUGGCCUGAUCCAGGACAACCUGGAGCGAGAUCGGGCAGCUGAGCAGAAAGCUUUGCAGAGGACCGUGCUGGAAGAGCAGGUGAGAGAAGCUCGGAAGAAGGACCAUGACUUCAAGUCUUCCAGAAUGCAUUGGGGAAGCAAAAUCCAGGCUGAUGCAGCUCAGUGGCAGGAAGAGGAGAGGUUGAAAAAGAUUCGGCAGCAAGAGACACUGCGGAAGUUCAAUGAAGAGCAAGCUCGUCAUGCGGAGGCAAGCCGACGUCGGAAAGAUGCGGAGGCACAAGAGGUCGCACAGCUGGAGCACGCCAUGGCACAGCAGGCUGCCGAUGCUAAGCGGCAACAAGAACUAGCAGAAGAGCAGCGAAGGAAGAAGCAGCAGGAGAUGGCGAAGCAAAUGGCCGACGCUGCAAAGGAAGCGGCGGAGCAAAAGGUUCUACGCAAGCAAGAGGAGGCUGAAAAGGACAUUGCAAUGAUGAAAGCGCAGAUUGCCGUGAUGGAAGCGCAGGAGCAGCAGCGCGCUCAAUCUUUUCAAAGAAUGAAGGAGAAGCAGGGGAAGGCGCAAGCGCAAUACGAGGCCAAGGCCGGCAGCGAGCAGGCGAGGCUCCAGAAGGAGGAAGAAGAGCGGGCAAAGAGGUAUCAGGAUGAAAAGUUUGCCAGGGAUGAGGCAGCCUUCCAAGAGAAGAAGAAGCAGCUAAAACAGAUGCAAAUGGACGGAGUAGCCUUCCUCACCAGGCAGCUAGAAGAACAAGCAAAUGUGAAGGCUGCUGAGAAGGAAGAACAGCGUAGGUGUCGCGAGAACUCCGACCGUGACGCCGCCCGUGCCUGUGAAGAGGAAAAGCGUCAGGCCUUAGAGCGGAAGAAGAAGGAAAAGGAGAAUGCUGAUUUCUUGCAGCAGCAGAUCAACCAGAAGUCUGCUGCGAAGCGAGCAAACGAGCAGAUGACGGAGGUGGAGCAGUCGAUCAACAAGGACCGGCUAGAGAGGGCCAAAAAGCCUGAGACGCUCAACAUGUUGGCGCAGAACAAGCUCAGGUACUUGCACCGUGCGGUGCCUCAACACCCCUAG